AUGAGCAAUACUGACUUUCUGGGCCGUGCGAUCGAAACGGUCAAGAAGGCCAUCGAGAACGACAAUGAGGGGGAAUAUGAGAAGGCAUAUCAGAUGUACUACUCCGCACUCGAGCUCUUCAUGCUCGCGCUGAAGUGGGAGAAGAAUCCCAAGUCGAAGGAGAUGAUUCGUGCCAAAACAGGCGAAUAUAUGGAUCGUGCGGAGAAACUCAAGAAUCACCUAGCUUCGCAGGACAAUCGGAAGAAACCGAGUGCUGUGGGUGCAAAUGGCAAAGUAUCACACGGGAGUGGGAAGGGCGGGUAUGUGGAAGAAGAUGACGAAGACGCCGAGUCCAAGAAACUACGAUCAGCCCUCGCAGGGGCCAUCUUAUCGGAUAAACCGAAUGUCAAGUGGGAGGAUGUUGCUGGCCUGGAGAGUGCCAAGGAGGCCUUGAAGGAGGCUGUUAUUCUACCAAUCAAGUUCCCACAUCUUUUCACUGGCAAGCGCCAGCCGUGGAAGGGUAUCUUGCUCUAUGGACCGCCAGGUACUGGAAAAUCGCACCUCGCCAAGGCUGUCGCGACGGAGGCAAAUAGCACUUUCUUCAGCGUCAGUAGCAGUGACUUGGUAUCGAAAUGGAUGGGUGAAAGUGAAAGACUAGUAAAACAACUGUUUAACAUGGCUCGCGAAAACAAACCGGCAAUCAUUUUCAUUGAUGAGGUUGAUGCUCUAUGCGGUCCCCGUGGCGAGGGCGAAUCAGAGGCGUCUCGUCGUAUCAAAACAGAGCUUCUAGUCCAAAUGGAUGGUGUAGGCAAGGACUCGAAAGGCGUUCUGAUUCUCGGCGCGACCAAUAUCCCCUGGCAGCUCGAUGCAGCUAUUCGGCGCAGAUUCCAGAGGCGAGUCCAUAUCAGUCUGCCGGAUAUCAACGCACGGAUGAAGAUGUUCAUGCUGGCCGUGGGCUCGACACCGUGUGAGAUGACGCAGGCCGAUUACCGGACCUUGGCGGAAAUGAGCGAGGGCUACUCGGGUAGCGACAUCAGUAUCGCUGUCCAGGAUGCGCUUAUGCAACCGGUUCGCAAGAUCCAAACCGCAACACAUUACAAACAGGUCAUAGUUGAGGGUGUUGAGAAACUGACACCAUGCUCGCCAGGCGACAAUGGUGCCGUGGAGAUGACUUGGGUUGAUGUCGAUGCAGAGAAGCUCCUUGAGCCGCCCCUGGUACUGAAGGACUUCGUCAAGGCCGUUCGCAACUCAAGGCCCACCGUCAGCCAAGAGGACCUCACAAGAAACUCAGAAUGGACCCAAGAAUUUGGCAGCGAAGGAGCAUAG